AUGAGCUAUCUCAUGCAGAAAUCCUACACACACCAGCACGACCCCCAGCACGACCAGCACGACGUCCAUCAGGAUCAAGAUGUCAAACCACAGCUCUCCCACAACGGCAGAAUAAACAUAUCAUCACCAGUUUAUGACCCCAACUAUAACCCUCAUACCGCUUCUCCCUCUCCCUCCUACUCUUCCGAUCAUCAACCCACCACUCUGCCUAAAGUAGGACAGACUCGUUGUUACUGGGCGUUGCUCUCAAAUGACCUCCAAUUCAUCUACCUCGACCCUGUGCUCGCCCAUCAUCUCGAAGGCCAAGCGGACCUCCUUGUCGGAAAGUCUCUUCUGACUUUUGUCCACCCUGACGAGCAGGGGACAGCAAAGCUUGACCUCGGUAGCGUACUUGAAAGCAGGACACUACAUGGUUCUAUCACUCGUGUAAGAUUUUCGCGCCUCUCUAAAGUUCGUCGCAUGCUCGGCUAUGACGGCCCACCUGCUCCCUGGUCAGACGCAGAUAAGAUAGCUUUGGACAAGGAUUUUAUGGCUGUCGAUAUCGUCAUCAACUGGGCCGCCGACGGCCUCGUGCUUUGUUUUAUCCACGCCAUUGUCGACCUAAAUCCAAAUGAUAACGAUGAACAUCAUAAAACCCACUGGACCAAUUGGUGUGGUACGCCCUGCAUGGAUUUGGACCAGAUCAACCUCCUGAAUCGCCGGCUGUCCGUCUGCGUCCCCCGCGCUGACAUGUCCCGCGUGUUCCAGAUUCUCUCAAGCCAUCCGGAUCGAACCCUCUUGCUCAGCUGGCCCCCAGAUCAGGGUCAAGGUCUCGAUGAAGAACUCGGCAAACUCGUGGCGAGAGUCACCAUUGGUACUGGAGGCAACGAUGCCAAAACGAGCUGCACACGCAGGUAUAAAGCAUUGCAAGACACGCCUUGGGGACAGGUUGAAAGCAUAUUCAUACCGCAUGGCAGCAUCAUAUUUGCUUGUCACAAACUAAAUCCACCCUCUCGCAGCGACGCCAACCCCAGCACAAAUAUGCAGCAGCUUGGCUACUCUACUGGCUAUAAUGUCCAGCAAAAUCCACCUUUUUAUGGUCAGGGAUCGUCCUAUGCUCUUCCGCCAAGCCAAGCCGCAUCAUACACUAAUACCUAUAUUUCUCAAUCGGGUUCUGGGAUACAAGGAUCGUACUCACCGCAACGGUGGUCUCAAACCUUGCCUGCGGCUAUGAGCAACCUCCGUUCAGGUUCCUACCCGCCGCCACCACCUCAAGGAACCCAGGCAUGGCCCCAAGUUCCAGAGGCGCCAUCUUCGUCCUAUAUCGACACCGGAAGCUUACCCCAAACAUCUUUUAAUCGUUCAAAUUCGCCCGCGUACUCAUAUUCUCCGACCACUAGUAGUAGUGCAGGAACGUCUCCUACAUCCGACUUUGUUCCUCCCCCUCGGCGUCGUGUGAGCCCUGAUUCUCCGAAGGACCAAUAUUCACCCACCGGCCGAAAUGUAGGAAACCGGCCCAUGGGGGUUCUCAAAUGCUCAAGUUGCAAAGCGACAUCGAGCCCUGAGUGGCGCAAAGGGCCAAGCGGGAAGAAAGAACUUUGUAAUGCUUGCGGUCUUCGUUUUGCUCGAUCGCGCGCCAAAAAAGACGGGAAUAACCUGACACAGCGCCGACGAAAAGAUAAGGGUAUUGUCAAGCGGGAGUCUGCCACCCCCCCAACAUCCGCCUCUCCCUCCUACUCCAGUAUCCGCCGAAGCUUUGGCGAUACCUCAUUCUCGACAUCGUCUCCUGGAUCUGCAUCGGGGAGUGAUAUCUAUUCACACUCGAAUCGUCACGUCCUAGACAACAUGACACCCUCUCCCUCCCCUCCGGCCUCAACUAUGAAUUUUGUACAUUAUUCCCCAAGUGGCGAUAACCGACCACCUUACACCAGCCAUUCGAACGCAUUCUAUUCUGCUCCUUCCCCACUCUCCCACCCCCCAGUAUCCCAUGAACAAGAGCAGCAGCAUAACACGCAGCUUCCACCCUUGGGCCAGCUCUCGUCUUAUGGGGGUAGUCGACACUCACCUUUGGUUACAUCCUCAUCCCCAAUAUCACAUUCGGCCCUGACCUCCACCUUGCCGCCUGCAUCUUACGAACGCGAAAGGGACAGGGACAGAGAGCUUCCUCCGACGCCGCUAUCCGCCGAGCCACGACACUCUAGGAGGUCGAUUCUUACCCAACAGUAG